AUGUGGCUGGAUCUCAAGCCCGCUGGACGGGUGCGCGUACGCUACCACUUUCUGGGCCGCCAGGAUAAGGUAGAGACAGACUCUGACUGCCUCAAACAUCUGAUCAUUGGGGUGGAGUGUGCGGAUAACACGGUGCUUAGACUGGACCCAGAUCUGACUAUGAUCUCCUAUGGCAAGCAGAAGAAGCCGGAACGCAUGCUGACGUGCGACAUUAGAGAC